AUAAUAUUCGUCGAGUUUUGGUGAGGUGGAAUCUCAGCCGUCCGAUUAACACGCGGUUGAUCUGAAGAAUCUCUUCUACAGAGAGGAGAAUUCAAACCAAGUUUCCAUCGACGAUAAAAAACGACCAAUCUCAUCACGGUUCCUGUCCUAAAAGAGGCUCUUUCUUCUUUCUAGCUUCCAAGAAAAGUUGUGUCAGUUGUUUGCUGUUGGCAAUGGCGAGGAUAAAGCCUCAGGCUCUUCUUAAUCAAAGCAAGAAGAAGAAAGGUCCAAGUCGUAUAAGUAUCUCCACGAUUGUCGUGUGUAAUCUUGUAGUUGCUGUAGUCGUACUUUCCUUGGUCACUACUUAUCGCCAUUGGUCCCAGAGGUCAAGAAACGCUAUUGAAACCCAGAGUCAAAGAUUUGAGGACACAAAUGCUGCUUCAGAACAAAAGAGUUACGAUCUUCCUGGUUAUGCCGAUAUAAGCACAUCAAAAGGUCUCAUAACUGUGGAACUCUUUAAAGAUGCUUCCCCUGAAGCUGUGGACCGGUUUCUAGAUCUAUGUCAAAAAGAUCACUUCAAGGGAAUGCCAUUUCAUCGAGUUAUAAAAAACUACUUGGUACAAGCUGGUCACUCUCAGAGCUCCAUACCUGUUGAAGAGUGGACAUCUAAAGGAAAGCUCCGUGGUCGCCUUAACACUAGCCCAAAACAUGAGGCAUUCAUGUUGGGGACACCAAAAACCAAAGGGAACAACAACAACAAGGACUUCGAGCUUCUCAUCACAACGGCACCAAUCCCGGAUCUGAAUGAUCAACUUAUAGUCUUUGGAAGAGUUCUUAAGGGAGAGGAUGUAGUACAGGAGAUUGAGGAAGUGGAUACAGAUGAGCAUUACCAGCCAAAAUCGCAAAUAGGGAUCAUUAGCGUUAUACUGAAACGAGAACUAUGAAAUGCUCUGUAAAUGAGGUCCAUCUUCAUGCUCACUGUUUGUCUAAAUCCUCUUCUGAGGUUUUGUUUUUUUACUGAUUAUUUCCUUCUGUUUUGUAAUUUUAUUUGAUCUUUUCGAGGAAAUAUAAUCUUUGUUUUAAGUUCAUAUACUUCUUUCGCUGAAAGGCUUUUUAGACA